UCUAACGGGGUGCGAAGGCAAUUUCAGGCCAAGAAUUUACCCCAAUAAAGUUGUCGGAUCAAUCAUUAUUAACGUGAUUUUUAUUACAUAAGGAAGAUGCCUGGAGGAAGAUCACACGAGAACGGCCAUGUGUCUGAUGGGGCAACAGAGAGUGAAGAACAUGAAGGCCAAGGUGUGCCUACUGCUCAUGAUUGGGAAUGGGAGAAGAACAAAGAUAAAGACAUCUACGAUGAUGGAACGAUGACAUAUUUCUGGCGAGCCCAUACGUUAACAGUCCUGGUGAUAUUCAGCUGCAUUUUGGUUUAUGUAGCCGUUUUUGAAGAUCCUACAAACGAUGCAAAUUAUAAUGCAAAACGAGGUAUUACUGCUUGUAUCCUAGCCUUCCUGCUCCUAGGUGUCACCCAGACACCCGAUGGACCAUUUAAAAGACCACAUCCUGCUUUCUGGAGACUCGUGCUGUGCCUUAGUAUUGUGUAUGAGCUUCUGCUCAUAUUUUUACUUUUCCAGUCUGUCCAUGAUGCUCGCCAACUCCUGACAAAUUUUGAUGCCGAUUUAGGCAAGCCACUUCCAGAAAAAGAUUACGGUGGAACCUGUAUUAUUUAUGAGCCCGGCCAUCCUAAUGGGCCCUUCCAUAAUGUUUGGGACAAAAUGGAUGGAUUUGUCGUCUGUCAUUUUAUUGGAUGGUGGGCAAAAACAUUGAUUUUGAGAGACUACUGGUUGUGUACGGUGAUGAGUGUCAUGUUUGAAAUCCUUGAAUAUACGUUGGAACAUCAGCUACCAAACUUCAGCGAAUGUUGGUGGGAUCAUUGGAUCAUGGAUGCACUCAUAUGUAAUGGCUUAGGUAUCUACUUCGGAAUGAAAACACUCACAUAUUUGUCCAUGAAACCUUACCAUUGGCAGGGCCUGUGGAACAUCCACUCAUACAGAGGCAAAUUAAGGAGAUUAGCCUUGCAGUUCAGUCCUUACAGUUGGAUGGACUUUGACUGGAGACCGACUGAUAGUCUGAAAAGAUGGUUAGCCCUUGUAGGAGUCAUAUGUGUGUUCCUCUUAGCAGAGUUAAACACCUUCUACCUCAAGUUUGUAUUAUGGAUCCCGCCACCACACUUUCUGUGUCUGGGCCGUUUGGUGAUCGUUCUUUUCUGGGGUGCUGUGUCCAUGAGGGAGCUAUUUGAGUUCUUGGACGAUCAGCAAUACAUUAGCUUUAAUGGAAAGCUCGACAGAGAAUGCAAGAUGUUUGGUCGUCAGAACUGGAUCACGUGUGCCAUUAUUCUGACCGAAUUGCUUGUGAUUUUGAAAUUCGAUUGGGAGACGAUAACAAAGCCACUUCCGCGUCCUGUCGCCAUUUUCUGGUGUCUAGGAUUAAUUCUUCUGGUCGUUUGGACCAUUCAUCGUUUUUUCAUCCGACGUGAUUUACGUGAUCACGUCAUUGUCCAUCCCGACCUGAAACAUGAUCUUGCUCACGGAGACAGUACGAAGAGUGAUAAGAAUGAUAACGUUGCUGGUGCCGAGUCUGUGGAAAUUCGCCAACUUCGCCAGCGGACAAGAGUGAACACUCAUUAGACGGUGUUACGUACUGUCAUGGCCAGAACUAGAUCUCCGUAGGAUAUUUUGUCAAUUUUCUCUUGAAAGAUGCGGUUAGGAUGUCUUGUUUUGGUUAUGACAGUGCUUGGGUCAUGUCCUUGGUUUGGCUUAUUCAGUAAUAACUAAAGUUGAUCACCUCAUUAUUUUGUAAUUUUACACAGUGGUCAGUUCUGUCUUUUGACUAGAUUGUGCAUUUCAAUCCCCUGCAUGUACAGUUUGAAUCUAAAGUAAUAUCCCCAAAAUGGUCAAUGCUUUUGUCAAUUUCAUGUGUGUAUGACAGAACAUGAGUGGAAUGUUACAGAAUACCUCGAUGUCAGCCACUCUCCAGCGGGCCUGUCAUCAAAUUAACUUUGAUAAUGCAACUAGAUAUAGAAUUGAGAUCCUAAAUUUUUUGGUCAGCAGGAUUGUUGUAUUCUUAGGCAUAUCACAAGAUCUUGAAUUUUCCAUUGUUUUCUGCCUAAAGGUAUAAAGACCAGGCAAAAAAAUGUGAUUGCUGAUUUUGUGUAACUUGGAAUCGGAAAGAUUUUUUGAAACGCCAUUCGUGCAUAAUCAGAUCUGUUUCAGAUACUUUUUGAAGCUUUCUUUUAAAUAUUUUUGCAAUUUCAUUUGCAUACUUUUCAGGAAUGUGGAACAGUAGUACUGGUUGUGAUUUUUUCAAUGUUAGAUUCUGUGCAGUGGCUAAUAACCAAGUUCAGAAAAGUGUCAUACCAAAUUAUUGUUCAUUAUGCCUGCUUGCAUUGAUUAUUGAUGGUUGCUUGCAUUGAUUUGGAGCACGAUUUCAUAUUGAUAAGGCAUUUAGAAUACACUUCUCUGGUCUUGACUAUUUUGUAUUACAUGCUGGCUAGAAGACACAACACACUCAUCUCUUUAUCAUGAUACAUCAGUGUGAUUUAGUGACGUACCAUUUAAUUCAAACAUAGCUUGACUCUGCUUGGUUUACCUGUAAUGUUGGGUAACUGAAAGUCAAAACAGAAAGUCUACAAAUAAUUUUAGAGCACAUUUAGCAAAGCUUGGCCUAUUAAAAUAUCGCUAUCCAAAUUGAUGAGGAGUAGAAUUCGAUAAAAUUUGUUACUGUUUCAAUAUUCUAUGGACAUGGUAUACAUCAAGAUGGCUGUUUUCUCUCUGUUAUAUACAUCCACAAAGUUUAUAUUCAACUUUCAGUUUCUAAUUUGUUAUAACUCGUGGUAAAAUCUAUAUUUCUGGGAAGAGGUUUGACUAAUCAUUUGCUUAUUAUCUUGCUUGUGCCUCAAAAUGCUUAGUUCAGAUACUGUUUUAUUGGACUUAAUGACUGUGGGACAAACUGAAAAUCUUGAUACUGGAUACUGAAAUCAGUGUACAGAAACCCCCCCCCCCAAAUUCUAACCUGUCUAAAUCAUUCACAGUGGUCAUUGCAGGUGCCACUGUGGUUUGAUUUGCAAUGAAUAUCAAACCCAAUAAUGCUUGGUUUUACCCGUAGAUAAACAAUCUCUUGAUUGCUCAUAGCAGCCACAAAUUUCGCUGGUUUCUGCGACAAAUAUUUAGAGAUUUGCUGGUAAAGUAGUAUGUGUAGUAGUAGCAGCAAAAUAUCAAAAUCAUCAUACAAGUUUUCAUUUAAAUGGCUUUCUUCCCGCACUUAAUUAUCAAAAGUCACUUUACACAUGUCUCUACACAUGGCUUUCCUCCCGCACAUAAUCAUCAAAAUGAAGUAAUUUACGAUGUUAGGCCUUUCCAAAAAUGGCUUUCAUCCUGCACGUAAUCAUCAAAAUGAAGUAAUUCAGAAAUCUUGUAUAAUACAUGGCUUGUGACUGCAUGCUUUAGCAUAUUGUAAGCUUAUCAAAUAAUUUGUACAUACUUUUUGGUAAAAAUCUGUAAGAGUAAAAUGUGAUUCAUCACUGCAAAACGAUGCACACGUUACUCUUAGCUUGGCAAUGGAGAUGGCCUGGUAGUUCAUUUCACUGUCGUCUGCCUCAUGUGAAAUAUGAGCGCAUCAAUUUCUUCCAUUAUCUCGUGGUGUCAUUUAGGCUCAUCUUCUGCGCGUCAUCUGCGCUGUGAGGGGUCACAAAUAUCACAUCGUCUCCCAGGAAAUUUUCUUCAGUUUUGUAACUCUGUCUUUAUUGAGAAGUCUCUGUAGUCGAUAAUCUUGUUUCCCCGAGAUUGUGAUUUUUUUCUUAUGAAUAUUUAUAAAUGUGGUCAUGUGAUAGUGUUUAGUCCAAUCAAGCUGUCCCAGACUCACAUCUGUUGUAAUGUUGAUUUCGGUGCAGUGUUCUCCCUCCAAUUUCUAACUGUGUCAGUCACAUAAUCAAAUAUAUAAAGAGUGUAUAAUAGGUUUACAUGUCACUUUAUAUUUUCUAAAACUGGUGUUCCAAACUUGGAAUUCAGGGAAUUUCUCAGUAGUGAACCGCUCGUGGGUUUGAUGAGGAAAAGCGUAAAGCUUUUAAAAUCGUUUUCUCAAACCUUUUAGGGAAUGGAAAGAAUAAUGUAAAGGUCCCGAGUUGUUUGAUGCUGUAUAAUAUUUUGCCUUUGAGUGAACAUUCUCACAUAUUACUUCGCCAUUUGGUGCCAUCCACUUCAAAUUAAAUUCUCAAUAAGAAUUGUGUUCUGCCUUAAUAUGCUCAUGAAAGAAAUAUGGAACUUUUUCAUUAUAUUUUUUAGUUUUUAAAACCUGUAACGGUAGAAAGUAGUUUUAAUAUAAUUUUGUGUCUGGAUGACAUAGGUAUUCAAAUCUCAAAUGUCCCACUGCUCCCUGUGUCCUUCACAAGAAGAAAAAAAACCUAGGUGCUCUUGUUGGGUCUGCUUCAUGAUGCAGUUUCAUAAUGGCCUACAUUGUAUAUUAUGUCAAUUAAAGUCUUCAUUGAGCUUAAUAGUAAUAUCAAAUUUCUUAGUUUCGCAAUGGAAAUUGAAAGACAUGUACGUAGAAGGCAGAAGUGGAUAUUUUGCUUCAGUUGGUUAAAACUGCUUGUAUUUUUCGAUCGGACAUGUUUGUAUCUUUAUUAUAUGACUCCCACCAAGUCAGUUGAACUUCCUUUGCUCGUGUGUGCCAUGCUACAUUGGAAAAAGUCCUUUGUGGAAACCUUUUUGUUGUACAUGUAUAUUGAUGCACUUACAUUUUUGCUGUGUGCCUGUCAAGAAUGCCAUAAUUCAUGAUUUCUUUCAGGUAACAUAAACUGGUUGAUUUCAAAUCAAAAUCAAAUGUAGCCACCUAUGGUAUGACUUUGUGUUUUUUGCUUAACAUUUUCAGUUAAAAGAAGUUAGAAUAUUGUAAAGCAUGAAUACCUAUGAUUAGAACUGUUUGCACCCUUCCAACAGCAACAGUUCAGAUUUUGUCACACUGCCAGUGACAAAUCCAAACCAAAGAGCUAGGUGAUGGGUCAGAUUAAGUUUUUUGACAUAAUGGAAAGUCUUUAGUGCACAUAGCUAUAAUUUGUUAACUCUAUAAUCCCGCCUGCUCACACUUUGUACGGAACUCGGAAUAAUUUUGUUAUGGUUCUAUAUUUUCACUAGAGUGUUUAUUUUUGCCCUGCCGAUAUAAUUGUGAAUAAAUCGUGAAUGCUUAAUCAAUAAAGGA